AUGCAACAGCAGGGUGAAGAGGACGUCGCAGGCUCCUCUCUGGGGGAGUCUAACCCAUUGGUGGGCAGCGCCGGCCGGCCCGGCAAGCGGCCGCGCGCCGCAGACGCCGCCGCCACGCAGGAGCAGCAGCAGCCGGCCGGGGCGGGCCCCGCCAUGCACCUGCGCAGUGCGCAGAAGCGGUUGUUAGCUGCCGAGGCGGCGGCGAGAACAGACAGCGCGGUGGGCAGCAGCCAGCAGCUGGAUAGGACAGACUCCUGCGGAGGGCCGCGGGGAGGGUCUGCCGACGCGCCCACCACGGCAGCAGGGCCCCCGGCUGCGGGGCCGCCCCUGGCGCCGCGGCACCACGCGCAGCAGAGCCGGCAGCAUGCGCAGGGCGAGCAGUCGGCGCGGCACACGGCGCCCGCGGCAGAGGCGGCGGCGGCGCAGCCGCCCGCCAAGCGGCGGCGCGUCAUGCGCACAGGCGUGCCUGCACCGCUCCCAGCCUACGAGCUGCGCCGCGGCUUUGAGCGGCCGUCGCCGCCGGAGGACGACGAGAAUGGGCACUACCAGUUUGAGAUAGGCGAGAACCUGGCCCCGCGGUUCAAGAUCAUGCGCAAGUUUGGGGAGGGCACCUUUGGCCAGGCGCGUGGGCGCACAAAUGGGAGCGGCGGCGCACCCACAGCGCUGGCGCUUGUGCUGGAGUGCUGGGACCGCAAGCGCAAGGACUAUGUGGCUGUGAAGAUCAUCCGCAACAUACAGAAGUACCGCGACGCCGCCAUGGUGGAGCUGGAGGCCCUCAACACCCUCGCAGCAAACGACCCCAGCCAGGACCUGCACUGCGUGCAGCUGCUGGAGUGGUUUGACUACCGGGGCCACGUGUGCAUGGUGUUUGAGCGGCUGGGCCCCAGCCUGUACGACAUCCUGCGCAAGAACGGCUACAAGCCCUUCCCGCUGGCCAUGGCCCAGGCCUUUGCCCGGCAGCUGCUGCAGAGCGUGUCGUUCAUGCAUGACCUCCAGCUGGUGCACACAGACCUGAAGCCAGGCAAGCCCAGGCCACAGCCAACGAAGCGGCGGCUGCCUGCUGCGCAGCGGCGGGCAUGGCAGAACAUCCUGGUGCUGUCCCAGGAGCUCACAAAGGACGCGCCCGGCAACAGCAAGGUGGGCAAGAAGCUGCCCGUGAGCGCCGACAUCCGCGUGAUCGACUUUGGCAGCGCCAUCUUCAACUCCGACUAUCACUCCUCCAUCGUCAGCACGCGGCACUAUCGGGCUCCCGAGGUGAUCCUGGGGCUGGGGUGGUCCUUCCCAUGCGACCUCUGGUCCAUGGGAUGCAUCCUCAUCGAGCUGCUCACAGGCGACGCGCUGUUCCAGACACACGAGAACCUGGAGCACCUGGCGAUGAUGGAGGCGGUGCUGGGGCCCAUCCCGCCAUCCAUGGCCGCCGCGGCAGCCGACAACGUGCGGGGACUGUUCCGCAGGCGAGCCCACGCGGCGGGCGGGGCUGUGAAUAAGCUCAACUGGCCAGAGGGCGCGGAGAGCAAGAAGAGCGUCAAGGCAGUCAAGAAGCUGAAGAAGCUGCGCGACUACUUGAGGCAGCACAGCGAGGAUGCGGUGCGCUCGCACCUGGACACGAUAGUGGACCUGCUGCAGGGCAUGCUCAAGUUCCGGGCCGGCGACCGCAUCACCGCCGCCGAGGCGCUGCAGCAUCCCUUCUUCCAGCUGCAGCUGUGA